CUGGCGCCGCCCCUUGGUUGCCGGGCGACUGCCCCACUCCCGCACCAGCAGCCCCCCUCCCCCUGGCUCCGCCAUGCGUGUGGUAGAUCUGUGCCUGGCCUCCGAGGGCACCGAGGUCAUCUUGGCCACGUCCAGCGACGAGAAGUACCCGCCCGAGAACAUUAUUGAUGGGAAUUCAACCACGUUCUGGACCACCACGGGGAUGUUCCCCCAGGAGUUCAUUAUUUGUUUCCACAAACACGUGAAGAUUGAAAGACUCUCCCUCCAGUGCUAUUUUGUGCGGAGUAUAAGGAUUGAGAAGAGCAAUGCCAAAGAACCGGUUGACUUUGAACGGUGGGUGGAAAGAGACCUGGUGCACACCGAGGGACAGCUUCAGAUGGAAGAGUUUAUGUUCCGGGACGGCUACGCGACUCACUUGCGGUUCAUUAUCAAAUCAGCCUUCGAUCACUUUGUAUCUGUGCACAAAGUUGCUAUAGAAGGAAUCAGUGUCUCAUCCCUCACCUGAGGAUUCCUGAAAGCAGUUUGUGUGUGAUUUUGUAAUAACAUUUGUGUAAAUACACAGUUGUCCUCAUAGCAUAUUAAAGAGGUUUGGGUUCA